ACUGGUCUGGACCACUUUGCCAUUGUCUCAUUGGCACCAGGACUCCAAAUUCACUCGAGAACAAGAAAAAAAGUUAAAGCUAAAAGCAAACAUUUGCGCCUACAUGGUGAUAGUGUGGUUCGGUGAGGAAGCAACCCCCUCACUUGUGGAGUGAAGAUGAUGGUUUGGGUAUAACUGAGGACAGAACUGAAACCAUGGAACAAAUGAAAGUAUAUAUUUAUAUCGAGUUUUGUUUUUUGCAUCCGUCUAAUAAUGCAAUUGAUUUCUGAAAAGCAGCGUGUUAUUUUGACACAAAAAAAUGAAACAUCUCGUGCUCACUGGGGCUUGCGCCUUGGAUACGAUUCUUACCGUCCCAGCCUACCCACCUGAAGACGCCAAACAACGAGCCUCCUCCCUCCAAGUCCGCCGAGGAGGCAACUGCCCCAACACCCUCGAGGUCCUCCACCAUCUAUUCUCCCCAUCAGACCAAGCCAACAUCAAAACCCACCUGAUAUCCACCCUCCCAGCCCAAAACUCGCCCGCUAUCACCAAGAUACACUCCUCCUUCGGCCCCGGCUCCACCAAGAUCGACUUCUCACCAUGCAUCCACCGCGAUGGGCACACCGAGUCCGUAAGCAGCUACAUCAUCCGCAGCCUCGAGACCGGCAGCAGAACCGUCGUCAACUACAACGACCUGCCCGAGAUGACACCCGACGAGUUCGAGCGUAUCCUGGAUACGCUACUACUGUCCAACUCCAAGGAGGAGGAGGACAGCUGGUGGUUUCACUUCGAGGGCCGAAUCCCAUCCACAACCCUCCAAUGCAUCCACUACAUCCGCACCCACCUCCCACCCAACACCACCACAAUCAGCGUCGAAUGCGAAAAGCCCAACCGGGAAGGCCUAACCUCCCUCGCAGCCGAGGCAGACGUGGUCUUUUACUCGUCAAGUUGGGCCGAAAGCCGGGGAUAUCACAACCCGGAAGCCUGUCUAAGAGGAGAAGCACCCUCAACAAGAGCUUCCCUCAUGCUAUGCACUUGGGGGGCAAGCGGUGCAGGUAUGCUCACACGGAGGAAGCUCGGCGGCGGCAGCGGUGCCAAAGAACUGCAGGAGGAGGAUGAAUACAUCCAUCACUCUCCUGCAACUCCAAAAGACGGGAAACCUAUAAAAGUAGUUGACACCAUCGGGGCGGGUGAUUCAUUCAUCGCUGGGGUGCUGUACGCCUCCUUGUCGUCGUCGUUGUUACACAUGGUGGAUGCCUCCUCCUCGUCGUCCCAAAAGGCAAAGCUCGCAUUUGCUGUGGAACUGGCCACCAAAAAGGUUCAAGACGAGGGCUUUGCUCAUCUAGCAGCUCAGCAACAACAGCCUUAGCGCACAUGCUGGUUUUCACCUCCGCCUGCGGCGUCUCCUCGUCUUCCAAUCUGGGGUGGCUGACCACUGCGUAUGGAGUGAGUGGAUGAUGGAUGAGUGGAGGAGGCGGAGGAGGAGGAUGAGAAGUGGAUGGGUGUGGUGUGUGUGGAUGACGUGGAUGCAUACGCCCAGUCAUAUGCGGCAGCUGGGGAAUAUCAAACAAACGUCGUGUUGCUUUUCCUUCUUUUCCCCCAAGGUUGACGAGUCUUAAAAAAAAAGACAAAAAUCCCUACUGCCUGGUUCGCGGCCUGAUGUGAGCUGUAAGGUGUGAGCGGUUAGAUAGGUAGGGUGGUUAGCCAUGAUGGAACAAGAAAGGACAUGGCAACCCCCUCGUGACCACCACCACCUAUUGGACGGGAAGCACUCCCCGCGGCGGGGUUGUUGAAACGACGAAAAGAGCAUCC